AUGCACAUCAAACAAAUUACAAUCAGUAAUUUUAGGAGUUUCCGACAGCAGCCGGAGAUCCAACCCUUCUCGCCGACUACCAACGUUGUAGUUGGAAGAAAUGGGUCUGGAAAAUCAAAUCUCUUUGAUGCUGUACAGUUUGUAUUGCUCAGUCCUCGAUUCGCCACUUUGAGAUCGGAAGAGAGACAAGCUCUUUUGCAUGAGGGCAGCGGCUCGGCUGCCGUUAAUGCUUUUGUCGAAGUAGUGUUUGAUAACUCCGACAAUCGAUUCAGCCUUGAAAACUCGGACGAAGUAGUUCUUCGACGAACGGUGGGGAGCAAGAAAGAUGAAUUCUUCCUGCAGCGAAAGCGAGCCACCAAGCAAGAGGUGCAGUCACUCCUAGAGGGUGCUGGAUUCUCAAAGAGCAAUCCUUACUUCAUGGUACAACAAGGAAAGAUUCAAAGUCUUUGUCUCAUGUCAGAUUCCCAACGGCUCCAACUGCUCCAACAAGUUGCAGGUACUACACUAUACGAAGACAAGAAACGAGAAUCACAAAUCAAAAUGGACGAAAAUACACAGUCGAUUGAGAAAAUCAACUCCAUUCUUUCCGAUAUUGACCAACGACUCAACGAAUUGAAAGGAGAGAAAGAAGAGCUCGUUGUAUACCAAACCUGCGAUCGAACGCGCAAGGCUCUCGAAUACACCCUGUACGACAAGGAGCUACGAAAAGCUAGACACACUUUGGAUCGCUUGGAGAACGAGCGCACGGAUCAUUUGGAGAGUACAGCCAACUUGCACGAGGCGCUAAAGGAAACGCACGAGCGUAUUCAAAAUGCGGAAGGAGAGCUUCAAAUCAAGACGCAAUCGCUCCGACGCAAUCGACGCCAAUUGCAAGAUGCCGAGGGCGACAAAAUCAAAAUUGUCACACUCAAGACCAAGCUUGAUUUGAGAUGCCAGGAAUUGCAAGAGCAGCUCAUGUCUGGAAAAGAAUCCCUCCAGCGGACAGAACAUGACCUCACCGUUUUGCAAGGGCAAAUCAAAACUGCCCAAGAUGACUUGUCGGAAAAGGAAGAAGCUUCGAAGAAUGAGCAGUCGGAACUUCAAAAGUUGCUGCAGGCUAAGGAUGAGGUCAGUCGAAAGGCGGAUAGUCUCUAUGCCAAGAAAGGACGGGGAAAGCAAUACUCUACGAAAGCAGAGCGGGAUGCCUCCCUUCGAAAGCAGAUCAAGGAAAUUCAAGCCAUGCAACAAGAAAAGCAAGAAUGGCUCCAGCAGCAACAAGGCUCGCUUGGAAACUUGCGACGUGAAACGAAGACCAACGACGAAAGGAUUGAAGCAACAAAGAACGAACUGGGUUCGAAGCGCGAGUCGAUGCAAUCCAUUCGCAAGACUUUGGAGGAUAAGCAAAAACAACUUCAUUCUCUCAUGGAAGUGCGCAAAAACACUUGGCGCAAGGCCGAGGAACUCCAAGAACGAUUGAAGGAAAACCGGGAUCAUAUGCAACGGGCAAUGUCGGACGUCCGAAAGUCCAUGCCUCGCGCUACAUCUAUGGGGAUCAAGGCACUACAAAGAAUCGUCGAAGAAGAGCGAAUCAUCGUUGGCGAGCAGUUUUUUGGUAUGGUGAUGGAGAACCUAAGGCUCAAGGACAAGAAAUUCCAAACUUGUGUAGAAGUUGCCGCACAAAACGCUCUCUUUCAUGUGAUUGUGGAUACCGAUGCAACCGCAGCCAGACUAAUGGAACACUUGGAAAAGCGAAAGCUCGGUCGAGUCACCUUUAUGCCUCUUAAUCGACUUAAGGUAGGUCAGAAUACUCGCUAUCCACAAUCCAGCGACGUAACACCCUUGCUCGACAUGUGCGUCGAAUUUGACGACCGUGUUGCCAGAGCAAUGGAACACAUUUUCGACAAAAAGUUGCUGGCCAAGAGUGCCGAAGUAGCUUCUGAGUGGUCGAACAAGGUGCAUAUGGAUUGCAUUACCCUUGAUGGUGAUUUGUGCUCGCGAAAAGGUGCCCUCACUGGUGGAUAUUUGGACAAGUCCAAGAGUCGUCUUCGGGCCUUUGCAGCUCAGAGAACUGCAGAGCGCGAGUACGCCAAGAUUGAUGAAGAGUUUUCCAAAGUAGACGUGGAUGCCAAAAGGGCGGAACAGGAAGUGACUAAUGUAUCACAGGAGGUAUCUAGGUUGCAGAACAAGCAAUCUCAAUUGUCACGCUUGGUGCAAACUUUGGAAGGAAAGCUCGCAUCCGAGCACUCUCAACUUUCCCAGAACAAGAAACAAGUCUUGCAGAUUGAGUCCCAAGCGAUUCCGCCGAUUGAGCGGGAGAUAGCCGCGUUUGGUAGUGAUAUUGCUCGACUCGAAGAUGAAAUCGGGACCGAAUUGACGUCGGUAUUGUCUGAUACUGAUAGGGAACAGCUGGCCGAGCUGAAGGAAAGUCUUAAGACAUUGCAAUCCAAAAUCUCGAGCCAAAGUGAGAAAGUCGAAGACUUGCGAUCCGAUCGACAGAAGCUUGAAUCACUUUUAGAGGACAAUCUUCUGAGACGACGUGAAGAGCUCCGACAAGUAUUCAGAGAUGAUACUGGUGGUGUUGUAUCCACGUCUGUGAAUAAUCUACUGCAGCAAAAGGAGAGCGAGCUCGACCUUCAACAACAAAACUUGUCCGAGGCUAGCAAAGACUUGAAUGAGAUCGAUGCCAAACUUGAAAAAGCGAGAGGGGUAGAAGAGGGUUUGAAAAGAGAGCUAAUUGCUGCAAAGCAGGAGCUUGACAAGCUGAAGAAUCGAGAUAUGAAGCACUCUCAGUCUCUAGAGGAAGCCAAUGAGAAGUCUGAAAAAUUGAUGAGCAAGAAAUCUAUGCACAUCGCCAAGAGGGAGAACUACAUGCGAAAGAUUCAGGAACUUGGCUCUCUUCCGCCUCCAAAGGAACUCGAACAAUACCGAGACGAUUCUAUCAAUACGCUCGAGUCAAAAUUGGAACAAGUCAACAAGAAGCUGAAAAAGUAUUCUCAUGUCAACAAGAAAGCUUUCGACCAGUACGUAAACUUCAACGAUCAACGUGAAUCGUUGCUGCAGCGGAAGGAAGAAUUAGAUAAUGGAGCGGAGAAAGUUCGUGAGCUUGUUGAGAGUUUGGAUCGCAAGAAGGAUGAAGCCAUCAAUCGAACUUUCCGCGGCGUCAGCAAGCAUUUUGCAGACGUUUUUAAGGAGCUCGUUCCCCUCGGAGCAGGCGAGUUGAUAAUGAGAACCACUCUUGACGAGGUUGCCGACGAUGGCGAUGAUUCAGACGAAGAUACGUCUCUUAUUACUGAUCACAAGGCGAAGAAAAAUAAACCAGAAGACCCAGAUGUUAGUCUUUAUCGUGGUAUUGGUAUCAAGGUUCGAUUUUCGAAGGUCGGAGAGAACUUCAUUAUGAGUCAACUCAGUGGUGGACAGAAGGCAUUAGUUGCUCUUGCUCUAAUCUUCGCUAUUCAACGAUGCGAUCCAGCCCCUUUUUACAUCUUUGACGAACUCGACCAAGCACUCGAUUCAACUUACCGUCAGGCUGUUGCGAACUUGAUCUCAAGACAAGCUAGCAAUCCCGAGACACCAACGCAAUUCAUUACAAGCACCUUUCGUCCUGAGUUGGUUGCGAUUUCGAAGAACUGCUACGGUAUCAGUCACCAGAACAAAGUCAGCAGCAUUCAUCCCAUGCAAAAGAACGAUGCUUUGAGAUUCAUUGCCAACUUGAUGCAUGAGGAAGAGGCAGUUGGAGAAGUAUCAGAAGUCAAGCGCAGAGAUUCUCGGAAGCGGAAAUCGGUCAGUGAAGAAGGAUCGGGUGCAAACACGGAAGCCAAACGAGCUGCAAACUCUUCGUAG